AUGGCGCACAGCUGUCGGUGGCGGUUCCCCGCUCGGCCCGGAGGGAGCUGCAACUCCGGUACCGGGAGGAGAGCGGGCCGAAUUAGGGUUACUGCCUCUCUGCGGAAUGUCUCUGGAGCCCACCCUAUCGCAGCUGGGCUCGGACCCGGGUUUGAUGCUGCACUACAGGUCUCUUCGGUUAUCGGGAGCAACCUGCAGAAAUUUCGGGAUGUUUUGGGGGAAUCGAGUGACUCGAGCAGCGGGGAGGAAGAAGCAUUUGGAGGAUUUGCACUGGUGGCUGAGCAGGAAAGAAUACAGAGUCCUUCAACAACCCCCUCAGAUACCCCACCCAUACAGGAAAAGAAGCCUAGAGGACGUCCCCCACGGGCCCUGUCUACCCUAAAAUGUGCUGCAAGUCUACCUUCCCCCUCAUCCCUUCCCUCUCCCACACAGGCGAAACCUGAUGGCCCUGAAAGGCCAGCUGAGAAGGUAAAAAGGCUGCCUGGGAGGCCACCUGGGACUGGGGAAAAGAGAAGGGGCCGACCUCCGUCUUCAAGUAGCAAGAAAGCUUGGAGUGCAGGCGGCCAUGCAGCAGGGGAGGACAGCAGAGCAGCUGGGUCUGAGCUGGGCAUGGACACAGAGGAGGAGAAGGAUAGAAAGAGCUCUGCUCAGCCACAUGACACAGAGGCAAACCUCCCAAAAGGUGGGCGGGGUGAAUCCAAAGUUACCAACCUGAAGAGGCUGAGAGCAACCAAACUUGCCCCUCUCAAGUCACGGCUAAAGACUUUGCCUGGUGUACCAAGACGCAGACGCGGGCGACCGCCGUCAGCUGAGCGUCUGAAAGCUGAAGCAGCUGCUGCUGCUGCACAGCUGUCUACCUCCAUUGAAUGUGGGGAAGGGAAACCGAAGGCAUUCAGAGUCAGAGGGGCGGAUAGAGGCACAGAAACACACACUCCUCAGGAGCCCAUGCUGAGGAAUGUGGAUGAUGCUGAGGACCAGGACUCUUCCAAUCCACCUGCCUCCCCGUCUCCCUCCAAGCCAGGCAGGACAGUGGGCCUCAGAAAAAGCCCUCGCCAUAGAAAGCCUGUCCGAAUUGUCCCCUCCUCAAAACGCACUGAUGCAACCAUCGCCAAACAGCUGCUGCAACGCGCAAAGAAAGGAGCGCAGAAGCGGCUGGAGAAAGAAGCUGUAACCAUCGGGGGGAAUGGGGCAGGAACUAUUGACACUGGCAUCAGGAAGACGCAACUGAAGAACAUUAGGCAGUUCAUCAUGCCUGUGGUCAGCACCGUCUCUCUUCGCAUCAUCAAAACCCCAAAGCGCUUCAUUGAAGAUGAGGGCAACUUUGGAACCCCACCACCCCAAAUGAAGAUAGCACGGUUAGAAGCAGCCGCCUCAUCUGUCUCCACCUCUGCCCAACCCACCUCCACCACCUCCUCCUCACCGUCUCCUGCACUGGUCUCCCCCACACCUGCUUCUACGAGCACUGGCACCAAUGCUCCCAUUGACUCCCUCCCCCCUCCUCCACCUCCUGCCCCGAUCCCUGCAGUUCCGUCAGCAUCUGCUAGUCUGCUCAACAGCAACACCAACAAUGGCGCCAAUGGGCGAUUUAGCAGCAGUGCGGCGUCUUGCGGCUCAAGUGCCGUGUCGCAGCACUCCUCCCAGCUCUCCUCUGCAGAGUCUUCCAGGUCCAGUAGUCCCAGCUUGGAUGAUUCAUCGUGCGACUCCCAGGCUUCUGAGGCCACACAGGCUUUGUCAGAGCAAGAGGAUCACUCUCCGUCCUCCCAGGGCGAGAGAGAGGCCAACCGUUUACACAGCUCCCGGCCUCCCUCUCCACCCUCUGAGCCGGAGCGAGAGCGAGUGUUGAUAGAGAGGAGUCGGCGAGGACGGAGAGGACAGCUGAUGGGCCGGGGAAAUCAGAGCCAGAGGUUGAGAGAGCCUCUAACCGCUGGGGCUAAAAAACCCAUCAUCAGCCCACCGACAGGAGUGCUGAUGUCCCCUUCUACACUUGUAAAUUCCCAGCAAGCCUCAUCCACAGCCUCCUCGUCUUCUUCACCUCCGCCUCCCCCUCUCCUCUCCCCUCCACAGCCUCCCCAGUCAACUUCCUCCAAUACAGCUGCAAUCAGUGAACACCACUCGCAGUCCCCCUGGAUGACUCACCCCAUGCCUCAAUUCCUGUCUGGACCGUCAGUGCUGUCCAGCUUGUCAGACAAACGAAAUCGCUCAAUUCUGAGAGAACCCACCUUCCGCUGGACGUCCCUGUCCCACCCUGAACAGCAGUACUUUUCCUCCGCUAAAUAUGCCAAGGAAGGCCUCAUCCGCAAGCCCAUAUUUGACAACUUCCGUCCCCCACCUCUCACACUUGAAGAUGUAGGGCUGUUGCCCCAAGGUGUGAGUGGAGCAGGGGGAGCUGCCCCAGUGGUGUUCCCUGCACAGGGCGGCGGAGCAGGAACAGGGACUCGACUAUUUGCCCCUCAUCACUCACACGGCCACCACCAACACCCCUCUUCAUCCCGCUUUGAUGCUCCACACCAUAAGCGGAGCCCGUUGCUUCGUGCUCCACGGUUCACACCCAGCGAGGCCCACUCUCGAAUAUUUGAGUCUGUUACCCUUCACUCAUCUUCUGGAAGCAGCCCUGGCUCUCUCUCCCCACACCAGACGUCCUCGAGCUCCCACAGAAGCUCGCGGCGCAGGAGGCGGCUUGUCUCUGUUACACCACGUGGUCACCCACGCUCUCCUUCCCACUCAAUGACCAGACGCAGCAGCCAAAGUGGAGGCCCGAUAUCAUUGGGGAAAGGUUCCUCUGAGAUGUCUGCGCUGUCAGGCUCUGUCUCCUGUAGUAACCCCAGCUCUUUGCCAGGGGUUUCUGCAAGUCCACUAUCCACUAGUGCCUUAACUCCUCCUCCUUUCAGCACCUUCUCCACAGUAUCCAUGGGUCUGGCCCCACAAGGGACACCUGAUACCAGGAGAGGGGCUGCCGACCCACCUCCACUUUUCCCUCACUUUCCCUCCAGUGCCCAGGACACAGGGCGAGGAGCUGGGAAAGGAGGUAAAGAAAAAUGUAUUUCUGCUCCCCAGGAACCUGCUUCAAAGGACAAAGAAAGGGAAUCUGAGAAAAACCGAGAGAAGGAGAAAGAAAAUAAGAGGGAAGGGAGAAAGGAUUUGGAGAAGAGAACUAAGGCUUCUUCACCAGAUGGCUCCCCCAAUGCACCUUCCAGCCUGUUUACUGUUGAUGGGAGGGACGAAGAUGCUCUUUUAUAUAUUGCUCCAAAAAAGGCUCCAGGUAGAAAAAAAUCAACGUCAGUUGACACGGUUUCUGACACUACUUCCUCAGAGAUGCGUGUGCACCAUUCCUCUGUUCCUAUAUCCAGCGCUAAAGGACGUCUAUCCAAGAAAGUCAGACCCUCUGAGAAAGGAGUAGAGGUGGAGGAAGAGGAUAAGGAGAAAGAGAAACAAAGCGCUCCUAGCCAGCAGACAGCAAACCUUCCAGGGCAGCCAGGCAGACAACAGCUCCCUGUCUCCUCUCUAGGAUCAAUGUUGGCACAAGCAGAGAAACAGCCUGUGACCGACAAGCGUGUAGUUAGACUGCUAAGAGAGGCCAAAGCUCAGCUCUUCGAGAUAAAGAAGAGUAAGCUGAAGCCUGCAGAGCAGAUGAAGGGCCAGAGUCAAGAGAGUGACUCUUCAGAGGCCUCAGUCCGGGGUCCACGCAUCAAGCAUGUAUGUCGUCGUGCAGCUGUGGCUCUUGGCCGUAACCGGGCAGUGUUCCCUGACGACAUGCCCACACUUAGUGCCUUGCCCUGGGAGGAGAGAGAGAAGAUCCUAUCUUCCAUGGGGAAUGAUGACAAGUCAUCAGUAGCAGGCUCCGAGGAGGCAGAGCCGCAGUCCCCUCCCAUAAAGCCACGGGAGACACGGCAGAAGGCGGUUCAAGAAGCUCCUCCCAAGAAGGGCCGCCGGUCGCGACGCUGUGGCCAAUGCUCAGGCUGCCAAGUUCCAGAAGAUUGUGGUGUCUGUACCAACUGUCUCGACAAGCCUAAGUUUGGAGGACGAAACAUCAAAAAGCAGUGCUGCAAGAUGAGGAAGUGUCAGAACUUGCAGUGGAUGCCCUCGAAGAUGAUCCUUCCGAAGCAAGGCAAAGGAAAGAAAGACAAGAAAAAGAACAAAUUGUCUGAGAAGAAGGAGGCUCUCAAUCCGGUGAAAGGUCCGAUCUCUGAUUCUGGACCCAAACCCCCCCCUGCACCACCAAAGGAGGAACCUCCGCGCAAAAAGAGUGAAACUCCGCCACUCAAGCUGGGAGAGGAGAAAUCAAGACAGCAGUCGUUGUCGAAGCAGUCCUCUCCAGCUCUCGCAUCUUCCCCUGCCCCGGGCGACCCCCCCCAGGCACUCAGCACAGUCGCAGCCCAGUCCCAGUCUCCAGCCCCGACACCAGACGCCAAACCGCCCUCGGUCACGAGCAGCGUCACCACCAAGAAGGGAAACAAACCACAGCAGUCUGUACCAACCUCUUCCUCCUCGUCAUCGUCAUCCUCCUCUUCCACUUCAUCAUCUUCUUCAUCCUCAUCAUCUUCUUCGUCGUCAUCUUCAGCCCAGAAUUCCCCCUCCCAGUCGACGCAAUCUCAUCAACCGUCACAACAACAACAACAGCAACAACAGCAACAACAGCAACAACAACAGCAGCAACAGCAACGGCCUAUCACCAGUCAGGCUCCUUCAAAAAGAGAGGCUUCACCCAAGAUUCCUCUGAGUGAGUCCAAGAAGAAGCCUCAGCCGCAAUCAUCGCAACAGCACAGCUCAACUACAACCAUUUCAGAUACAGUUGAAUCAAAGCAGUUGAAGAAGCUAACUUCUCGACCUAUUCCUCCGUCGCCUAAACAGAGACCAAAAGACAAGCCGCUGACCACUAAACCCACCAGCAGCAGUACUUUAAACUGGCUAAGCACUCCCUCGACUAGGGGCCAGGCGAAGUCUAGAGCGCCCUGCGACGGAGUGCAUCGUAUCAGAGUGGAUUUCAAAAGGGACCAUGAUGUGGAGAAGGUGUGGGAGGCUGGUGGCCUCAGCCUACUCAGCUCUGUGCCUGUCACACCCCGGGUGCUCUGCUUCUUAUGUGCAAGCAGCGGAAACGUUGAGUUUGUCUUCUGCCAGGUAUGCUGUGAGCCGUUCCAUCUCUUUUGCCUGGGGGAGUCAGAGCGCCCUCUCCAGGAGCAGUUUGAGAACUGGUGUUGUCGACGGUGCAGGUUCUGCCAGGCCUGUGGACGCCAGCAUCAGAAAACUAAACAGCAGCUGCUAGAGUGUGAUAAGUGCCGUAACAGCUAUCACCCGGAGUGCCUGGGUCCCAACCACCCUACCAGACCUACCAAGAAGAAGAAAGUCUGGGUGUGCACCAAGUGUGUGCGUUGUAAGAGUUGUGGAGCCACUAAACCUGGGAAAUCCUCGGAUGCCCAGUGGUCACAUGACUUCUCCAUGUGUCAUGACUGUGCCAAACUCUUUGCUAAAGGAAACUUCUGCCCACUGUGUGAUAAGUGCUAUGAUGAUGAUGACUACGACAGCAAGAUGAUGGAGUGUAGCCGAUGCAACCAUUGGGUCCAUGCCAAGUGUGAAAAUCUGACAGAUGAAAUGUACGAGUUGCUAUCAAAGCUGCCAGAGAGUGUUGUCUACACCUGCAUGAAAUGCACCGAGCGCCAUCCGGCUGAGUGGAGGACGGUGUUGGAGAGGGAGCUUCAGGGUUGCGUUCGCCAUGUCCUCACUGCACUGCUCAACUCACGCACAUCCUCACACCUGUUACGCUACAGACAGGCGGUGAAGCCUCCGGAGCUAAACCCAGAAACAGAGGAGAGUCUUCCAUCACGUCGGUCCCCAGAGGGACCAGAUCCUCCAGUCCUGACAGAAGUCACCUCCACACCUCCCAGUGACUCCCCUGCAGAUCUGGAGUCUGUUGAGAAAAAGAUGGAUCAAGGUCGCUACAAUUCAGUGUUGGAGUUCAGUGAUGACAUUGCGAGAAUCAUUCAGACGGCCAUCAACAGUGAUGGUGGCCAGCCUGAGAGCAGGAAAGCCAACAGCAUGGUCAAAUCCUUUUUCAUUAGGCAAAUGGACCGAAUCUUCCCUUGGUUCAAAGUGAAAGAGUCCAGGCUCUGGGAACGGCAAAAAGUCUCCAACAGCGGGCUUCUCCCCAACGCUGUGCUUCCUCCGUCCCUGGACCACAACUACGCCCAGUGGCAGGAGAGACAGGAGCUUUCCCGCGCUGAGCUCCCCCACCUCAUGAAAAAGAUCAUCCCAGCUCCUCGGCCCAAAACCCCCGGUGAACCAGAUUCUCCAGCAUCCCCUCCUCCUCUCCCUUUAUCUCUACCCCCACCACCCCCACUUCUACCUGAUCGUGAAGACAGCCCAGAGCUUCCUCCUCCGCCAGGCGUCAGUGAUAACAGGAAAUGUGUUUUGUGUCUCAAGUAUGGGGAUGAAAACACUAAUGAGGGUGGCAGGCUGUUGUACAUUGGUCAGAAUGAGUGGACGCAUGUGAACUGCGCACUGUGGUCCGCCGAGGUUUUUGAAGACGACGACGGCUCGCUGAAGAAUGUUCACAUGGCUGUUCUCAGGGGAAAACAGCUGCAUUGUGAGAAGUGUCAAAAGCCAGGGGCCACAGUUGGCUGCUGCCUCACCUCUUGCACCAGCAACUACCACUUCAUGUGCGCCCGCCAGUGCCACUGCGUCUUCCUGGAGGACAAGAAAGUCUAUUGUCCAAAGCACAGGGACCUCAUUAAGGGAGAAGUGGUGUCUGGGUUUGAGGUGACCCGCAGGAUCCUGGUGGACCUGGAGGGCAUUAGCUUCAGGAGGAAGUGGCUGGCAGGACUGGAGCCCGAAAAUGUUCACAUGAUGAUAGGAUCCAUGACUAUUGAUUGUUUGGGGAUACUGACUGAACUCUCAGACUGCAAACGCAAACUCUUCCCUGUAGGAUACCAAUGUUCGAGGGUGUACUGGAGUACUUUGGAUGCCAGGAAACGCUGUGUGUACACCUGUAGAAUAAUAGUUUGUCACCCGACAGUCUUAGAGUCUGACCUCAAAAGCAUGAUGGCUCCUGAGGAGAAUCGCACGAUAGCACACAGCCCACCUCACAUAGCAGACUUCCCAGAUCCAUUUGAAUCUCCAAGGCGCUCUGACACCCUUUCCCCCACCAACACCCCCAAGCUCAGGGUUUACACCAGGAACCGACACCCCAGCUACCCCCCUUGUCAGCGCUUUAUAGGCCCCAGGCCCAUGCCCUCUCCUGGAGGCACUUCUCAUCCCCAAAGCCAUGAGAUUGUGACAGUAGGAGACUCCUUGGUGAACCCCGGCAUGCGGAAUAUUGAUUCACGUCGCCACAGCUCCCCUUCGCUCUCUCCUUCUCCGCACCAGCUGAACAGACACAGAGGGGUGACCUCCCCACCUCACAUUGUGUCACGACCCCUUACCUCUCCCCCUCCCCUCAUCCCCUCCCCUGCCAGAGACCCUGAAAAAUCCAGACACAUCAGCAAAGACUCAGCUAAGAGUCCAGUCCAGAGAGAAAAUGAAAGAUGUAGAACGUUCCCCACAGACAGAUACAGGCAGCAAGCAUCUAGAGACGCAGACAAGGGGAGGGUUUCAAGUCAAGACCAAGCUUCUAAGGAUUCUGACAAAAACAGAUCAUCCAGAGAAACAGGGCAAAAAGACUCUGACAACAGUGAAAUACCAGCAAAAGAGCCAGAAAAGAGGAGAACGUUAAGCAGAGACUCAGAGAGGGGGCGACCUCCUAGUAGAGAUCCCUUAAGAGAUUCAGAAAAGGGGAGACCAGUUAACAGAGACUCUGAGAAGGGGAGACAGGCAAGCAGAGAGUCAAGCAAUAGAGAAACCGAUAAAAGCAAAUCCUCCUCUAGAGAUUCCAGCUAUAAGGAUACUGAUAAAUCUAAGUCUCUCAGUAGAGAUGCAGGGCUAAGGGACUCUGAGAAACAUAGACAACAUAGCAGGGAAACAGGAAAAGACUCAGGUCAAGGUAAAGAUAGACCGUCAAGCAGAGACUCUGAUAAGGCUAGACCUUCCUCUAGAGAUUCCAGUUAUAGAAGUUUGGAGAAAAACAAAGACUCUGCCUCAGGGAAAGAUAGUAACCCUGGCAGUCAGUCCAAACAGGCUGGAGGUGAGGGUAAGAGCCCCAGACUGGCCCCUGCAAGCUCAGGCCAGUCCUCCCCUCCUGUGGGCGCCGCUGCUCUCACCUGUCAGCAGAGAGUUGGCAGUGCCAAGCAGACGGACAAGCAAGGGAAACACGGAGGCAAAGAACAGGAGAUUUCUGCAGGUUUGAUGCCUCGUCACCGGGCCACCCCCACCUCCAGCAUCCCCCAGUCUAAGGACAGGCUCAGCUCAGGGAAAGAGAGUAGUAGUGCCACUGGAAAUGUAUUGCCAGCUGCAUUCCACAAGGACUCCGUUGUUGGGAAAUCCGGCUCCCCACAAUCUUCAUUCCAGAAGUCCAAUUCAAGGAAAUCAAAUGAUCACUCAUCAGGUCCAACCGCAACAGCACCUAUGAAGCCUGUUUGGUCUUCAAGGACACCAGCAGAAGAUGACGUUGUCAAGCGAGGCUCCAUGCACCUAGCCUUACCGGCUGCAGCCCCAGCUGCCAAAGACAAACACCCCAAAGUUAAGACUACAGGCAGCAGAGAGGUGUCCAAAGACCGUGAAAGAGAAAAGACUCUUCAAAACAGCAACAGCAGCAGCAACAAAACUCCCCUUCUGAACAAUAAUACUAAAGCAACAGGCAGCACCACCGCACAUGCUGCCACAAACCCCGGCUCCCACAACAGCAGCAAUAGCAAAGCUCCAGUGUUUGGAAACAGCACCAAAGCCCACGGGAAGGCUCAGGGGGAGAAGCUUGAUAACCCAGGAGGGGACAGGUCAUCCUCGAAGGGCAGAGAAAAUUACUCCUGUCCUGAGAAGAAGAACAGCUCCAGUCUGGAGAACGUACAGCAGCUGCAGCAGGGGGGAUUAGCUCCGGAGAAAGGAGUGAAGACCUCCUCUGAAUCUCAAACCAAACCAACAACUAACCAGCUGCCGUUGUCCUCUAAAGAGAAAAAGAGAUCUGUUAAACCCCCUACCGUAACUGCACUAAAGACGGAUAUCAAGACUGACCCUAAUGGGACCAGCAAUGUGGGUAGUAUUUCUUCCUCCUGUCCCACGACCACUACCUCCACCGUCUCUGCCGGCCACGGGACCCGUCGCUCUGCUCGCUCCGCCCUCUUCUCCUCGCCCUCUGCCAGCAGCAGUGACAGUUCUGAAUCUGACACCCAGACUCCGACAGAGGAAGAGGAUUUGCGCAAGGAGCUCUCACACAGCGAGCUCCAAGACCACCACAGCCUCCUCACUCAAGGCACAGAAGAUGAGGGGGAUGGCCCAGAAGAUGACCAAGAUGAAAAACAUCACGAGGACGACAGUGAUGGGUCGGGGUCGGCCAAGCGGCGCUACCCUCGACGCAGUGCCCGCGCACGCUCAAACAUGUUCUUCGGCCUCACGCCUUUCUAUGGGGUCCGCUCAUACGGAGAAGAGGACCUUCCUUUCUACGGCAGUGGGGAUGGAACUGGGGGCGUGGUUAAGAGGAGGAGCGGUGGCCGAAAGAAGUCGGCUGAGGGGCAGGUGGAUGGAGCAGAUGAUAUGAGCACCUCCUCUUCGUCAGUGGACAGCGGCGACGAUGAUGACAGUGAAAUGAAACAGAGGGGUAAAGACCCUUACUACUACAAUUUCACCCGAACAAUAAUUAAUCCUGGUGAAGGUCUACCAUCCAUAGAAGGGAUAGACCAGUGUCUGGGAAGGGGAUCCCAGCUGCAGCGCUUUCUUAAAGAUGAGGAGCAGCAGCAGCAAAUGGCUCAAGGGAAAGCUGAAGAGGACAUGCUGAGUGCUCUGACCUUAGGCAAGCAGCAUAUUGGCCAGCUCGAUGGCGUGGACGAUGGAUCAGAGAGUGAUACCAGCAUCUGCACCACCAGCACCACCACCACCACGACUAAAGCCACCUCCUCUUCCACGCCACAAAAGAGCACUCCUAGGAGAAGGGGCAGAGAAAGGCACACUGAGAAAGCUGACCCCCAUGAUUCUAGCAAGGACGCUGACAACAGCGGGGGAGCCGCAAGUGGCAACCUGCGAGAAGGCAGAAAGAACCAGAAAGAAAACUGUCUUCCUCUCGGAGGCGGGGUCAAGUCCCAGCCUCAGGGUCAGGAUCCUCUCGAGGCCCAACUAUCCCUCAGCACAGACCUGCUUAAAUCUGACUCUGACAACAACAACAGUGAUGACUGUGGUAACAUUUUGCCCUCUGACAUCAUGGAAUUUGUCCUCAACACACCUUCAAUGUCAAUGCAGGCUCUGGGUCAGCAGUCUGAGCCGUCCUCCUCAGAGCUGCUCCUGGAUGAGAGCUAUGUUGGAGUGGAUGUCAACCGACCCAAAGAUAUUCUGUUUGAAGACUUUUCCCAGCAGCUGCCCAGUGCUGAGAGCGGAGGGGUAGUGGAGAGUAGUGUGAGUAGCUCCAUAUCUGUAGAGGAGCCAUAUCUUCCUUUGGAGCUGCCUUCUGACCUCUCGGUCCUGACAACACGCAGCCCUUCCGUCAGCACCGGUCAGAACCACACUGCUGGGAGUCUCAUCUCUGAUACCUCAGACCGCACAAUGCUGGGCUUGACCUCCGACUCAGAGACCAUCAGGGGAGAAAAGAGUGGGAGCAAGAAAAGAGCCGGGCCGAGUGUGUCACCGUCAGUGAAGCAGCAUGACACUACAACUUUGGGAAACAGGGACACACAGGGCACAGAGGGUCACAUGACUCCUGAGCAGUUCAUUCCCAGCCCUGCCAUUGGUCAGGUGGUUGAACCCCAAGGGAACCAGGAUGUACCCAGGAGCUCUGGUACCCCUGGUUUGCCAAGUUCACCCUCUCUACCUCUUCAGGGUCAAAAGUACAUCCCUACUUCUGCUGCAGGCUCAGGCAGCCCCAGUCCAGUACUUGGCCCAGGACCAUCCCAGGCUCAGGUUUCCAGCGCAGCAGUCAUCAAACCGGGCCCCGACAAGCUCAUCGUGGUCAAUCAGCAGUUCCAGCCCCUCUACGUUCUUCAGACAGUCCCUAAUGGUGUUGCCCAAAAAAUUGGCACAGGAGUGAUGGACACUAUGACACUUACCACAGGUUUGAAUACUGCCAUAUCCACGGGCAAGCCAAUAUUUCCUGCUGGAGGCAAAGUCCUGGGCACCAUGACUCACCCCUCCCAGAUUCACACCUUUACAGGAGCCACACAGGCGGCCUUCCAGACGGGAAUCCCUAGCACCACUUCAGGGCUUCUCAUCGGGUUGCCCCAUGAGCCCCAGAUUCUGGUUUCAGAAGCUGGUCGGAGUCACAGUGUUGCCAUAGUGUCCAGUCCCUCCUCUCUCACUUCAUCCCCGGCUGUACUCGCCUCAGCUCACGGCAAAAAGAGGCCCAUCUCUCGUCCUCGACGAAAAAAACUGGCCUCUCGUAGCCAGCCCACCCUGGCCCCAUCUGAAGUUGGCCCUCCCAACAUGACCCUAAUCAACCUGUCUUCCCCUCAGAUAACUGCUACCAUUCCUGGCACCCUCUACACGUCUCAGCGCAAGGUCCCAAAUAUUAUCAAGAGACCAAAAUCAAGCGGGGUUAUGUACUUGGAUCCCACUACCCUCCUUCAGCAAAGGAUUCCCGGUACCGCCCAGCCUGGCCUCCUGGGCCACGAUUCCUCCACUCACCUCAUACCUUGCACAGUCUCUGGGCUGAACCCCAGUCAGUCAGUGCUGAAUGUUGUGUCUGUGCCCUCUAGUGGUGCUGCUGGCCUUCUUGCAUCAGGAACAGUCUCCCUCUCCACCCCUAUGCUCGGCUCCACUGAGAUCACAGGGCCAAUUAGCAACAUCCUGUUCAAGGCAAAUCCUCACAGCUUAAGCCUGUCAGAUCAACCAAUGGUCCUUCAAUCAGCAGGCGGUCCUCUGAUGCAGACAUCUAUAGCCAGCAGCAUCUGCGUACUGCCCUCCCAACAGACUAUCAGCAUGGCUGUCAACCAGCAAGGAAAGACAGAAGUUAGUAAUGUCCACUUACAGCCCCAGCCCAUCAACAGAGCCCAGACUAUGGACUCCAGUCACCACACCAAUGUCACUCUAGCCACCUCUCUAAGCCCAGCCAAGGGCCGUGUUGUUGGAGUGUUUACCAACACACAAACCUCCGCACACUCCCAAAGCAGAAGAACAACUCCCAUCUCCAGAUCAUCAGAGCAAAGGCCGCCUAACUCCUGCACUUCAGGAGCAGAGAAAGGCAAGCAGAAAACAAAGAGGAGCAGGCAGAGUUCAGACUCAACCAGCGUGAAGAAGCUCAAGGCGGCGCAGGCAGAGGAGCCUCACAGCAACCCCGCAGGACGACAUCGCUCAAACCCGAGCAGUUCCAAAGAGCAGAACUACCCCGAACCCAUGGACACAGGCAAGCCCGCUGACAAGGCAACCAACAAGAGUGUGCUUGGUAAAAAGAAGACAUCUGAAGGUCCUGUGGUACCGGGGAAAGUAGUGGGGAAAGACAAACCAUCAGCAGCAGGGGGAGCCGCGUCUCUUCCUGUGGCUUCAGCACCUGACGAAGACGGCAACAGCAGGGACACCGGCCUGGACAGCAAACCCAAGAAGGGCAUCAUCUUUGAAAUCUGCAGCGAGGACGGCUUCCACAUCCGCUGUGAGAGUAUUGAAGAGGCUUGGAAAUCCCUUACCGAUAAGGUGCAGGAAGCUCGCUCCAACGCACGGCUCAAUGAGCUUUCCUUUGAAGGUGUGAAUGGUUUGAAGAUGCUGGGAGUCGUGCACGAGGCUGUGGUCUUCCUGCUCGAGCAGCUUUACGGCUCCAGACACUGUCGCAGCUACCGCUUCCGCUUCCAUAAACCCGAGGAAACCGAGGAACCUCCCAUCAACCCUCACGGGUCGGCUCGUGCAGAGAUCAACCACAGGAGGUCUAUAUUUGACAUGUUCAAUUUCUUGGCAUCAAAACACCGCCAGCCUCCUGAGUACAGGCCGCAAGAAGACGAUGAUGAUGAAGGGCAGCUCCGGACAGCCAGGCGUGCCUCCAUGGAGCUACCGCUGGCUGUGAGAUUCAAACAGCUCAAGGACACAUCUAGGGAAACUGUUGGAGUCUACAGGUCUCCCAUCCAUGGCCGAGGUCUUUUCUGUAAAAAAACCAUCGAUGCAGCGGAGAUGAUCAUUGAAUAUUCUGGAAAUGUCAUCCGGUCUGUGCUCACUGACAAACGGGAGAAAUAUUACGAUGGAAAGGGGAUUGGCUGUUACAUGUUCCGCAUCGAUGACUACGAGGUGGUGGAUGCAACUGUGCAUGGCAACGCAGCCCGCUUCAUCAACCACUCCUGUGAGCCCAACUGCUACUCCCGGGUCAUCACUGUGGACGGCCAGAAACACAUCGUCAUCUUUGCCUCUCGGCGCAUCUACUGUGGAGAAGAGCUCACCUACGACUACAAGUUCCCGAUCGAGGAUGUCAGCAACAAGCUGCCCUGCAACUGCGGUGCGAAGAAGUGUCGCAAGUCCCUCAACUGAACUCUUAACGACUUAAAUAGGACUGGAAAUGUUCUGACUGUUCUGGCUGAUUUCCUGGGUCUGGCCUGCAUAGGACCGCUGCCAACAGGGCGCAAGCUUUGAGAGUGUUGCUGCUUGCAUUGGCAGAAAACAGCACUGGCAGCGGCCGGGGUCGUACUGUAGAAAUGGGAAGGGCCAUUUUGGAGGAGGGGCCACUUGUAGAGAUUCCAACAUAUUGUGCCUCCUUUUGUCUCAUUUACAGUUGGCACGGGGAGUUUCACCUUCAGAGGUGAGUCAUGAAACAGCCUUCACAGCAUUGCAAUAUUAACUUUAAUUUACAUUUGGAUGAUAAAGUUACCCCUUUUUACAUUGGCCCAUCCUCCUUAAUUUUAUAAAAAGAUAUGUUACGGUCCACUAAUGUUGAGAUGUGAAAAAAUUCAAAGAACUUGGUUCCGUUUUACACCAAAGUGCAAUUUGUUGAAGGGACUUGGAAGAGUUAUUUUACUAGAAAGAAUAAAUUGUUCAAAUCGUGUUCUUUUUUUUUAUCGCAGUCGGAUGUUAUUAAUGCACAUCUCCCCGUCUGAAUAUGUGCCGAUGCCUUCAGAGCUGUUGUGAUUUACAGGAACCUUCCCCUAGCUUUUUUUUAACGAAAGCUUGUAGGUGUACAUUUAUCACUGUAAAUAGGAGCUGCUUUUAAGUAAGCAGCCUGACAGGAGCUGAACAGAUGGAAACAGCAGGGGGAGCUGUGGCCACAGAAAGAAAGAGAGAAAAAAGAGACAAGGGGGGGUAGAAAUGUAGAUUUGUUUAAAAGAAAGAGAAGAGGUUAUUUUUGGCCGUUCGUGUAUAGGAUGAUAUCUGAGGUUGAUAGCAUCCGUUGUACUUAAAUUGACUUUAGUCUGACAGCUAUGUAGACGUGUUAUCGGUGGGAUUAAGCCUCUGGCAUGACAGAGCGAGGCAGCUAGAGAUUCUGGUGGACUGACAGCCAAGGGACUGGAGAACCCUACUGAUGUGCUUUAGUAGACGUAUUUAAAAUCUUUUGGAGCAGAUCUUACAGAAACAUACAGAUCCAUGCUGUUGUUAUUAUCAAACGUGUUUUUGGUAAUUAUUAUAUAAGCUCUGACUUUCGAGUCACGUUCCAAAUUACAGCAGCAGAGAGAACCAAACAUCACGCCCUUGAAUUGAAUUUUCACACAGCUGGAUUUCUUCUUGGCCUGUUGUGAUAACCAAUACUAUGGAAAAUGUUUUUUUUAAUUUGUAUUACGUCUUUUCAACUCUUGUCUGUUUAUCUUGUCUUUUUUAUUAUGGACAUGAAAAUAUCAUGCUUGCUUUUAAAAAACAAAUGUAAAUAAUGUAUAUUUUUCUACAAAAAAAAAGACUUAAAAAGCACUCACUAGUGAAUAGCACUUAAUGAUGGUAUUUAUAUUUUUUAAAAAUCGUAUUUAUUUUGUUGCCAUUUUUGUAGGAAAUAGAGGUUUACAGACACUAAUGCUCGGUCUCUAUGUUUUUUAUUCCGCUGCCUUUUCAAAGUUGUUUUUGUUGUAAUUUCGUUUUUACUUUGUUUUAUUUGUAGCCUGAAUGUUUUCUUUGAUUCCAAAGACUGACACUGGUCUGUGGCUUGGUCCCGUUGAGUUCAGUCCACCAGUAGCUCUCUUAUCUAUCGCGGGCAGUUUGUUCAGAGCUGACGGUUAUUUUCAGUGUCCCAGUUCUAGCUGGCAGUAUGGCCGUCGUGAACUAUUAUUAUGCACUUGAGAGAGCAAAGAUUGUUGAUCCAUAGCAGAUAUCUCCUCUCUCCAGCCUUAUUGUCACCACACCACACCACACCAAGAAUCAGGUCCACUUACAGGCCGCUCCAAGGCAGUCCUAACAAAAUGUUUCUCCUGUCACUUUGGCACGUGUAAAACAAAAGUCCCAUCAAACUGUUUUGUCCCUCUGCAGACUCAUAACAAAGAGGUGCCUUUAUUUUAAUGCUACCAACACCAUUCACAAAAACCCUGUCGAACCAAUCUGUUUAUUAAAGAAACCACUUCUCUUUCACUCUCCCUGUGGUUUGCCUUAGUUGAAAAUGAGCAUGCCUCGUCUCUCUUACAAGCCUUCAUGUCCCGGACCGAAUAUCUGAUCAGACUGUUUAGACUGACUGGUUCCACUAUGUGACUAAAGUCUUUGUUUUUGUCCCUUCUUAACUAAUUUAUUGUUGUCCGCUAUUCAUGCUGACUUUGUUAUCACCUAAAGGCCGUUACCAGUUCCUCCCACACUGCUCCCUGAAACAAAAGUAUGAUCCACACGGUUUGCACUUUAGCUGUGACACGGGCACUGAACACACAUAGGACAACCCUCUCUCCGACAGACAAUGCAACUCCAAUGCUAAACCACAAGCACAGAUAGUCACUGAGCAUACUAAUUUGUGCAUCAGGCCGUGAUUUAAAAACUGAGUUUGGAUUGGUCUUGAUGAUAAGCGUUUGAGGCUUGAGCAAAGUGCACUUGACUCUUUUUCUGCAACAAAGUGAAGGCAGGGACCACUCCAGCAGCCCUUCCUUCCUGAAGGUGCAGUGUGUACAAACCUCGGCUGGGCUUUUCCAUUUAGGGCCACAGAUCAGGUCAUGAGGUGACUGACGUGUCGGCCCUGUGGUUGUACAGCUGCACCUCCAUCGGGCUUGCUGGGAUCAGCUGCUAAGGUCAACAAUGAAUGUAUAUCCUCCUCCACAACACCAGACUUGUGAUACUUUGUCAGCUACAUUUGUUUUCAGUUCUUUUGUCAACAACCCUGGUACAUAUGGACGAUAUGUAGAUAUGACCUCAAACUGGGCGGCAGCAGCAGUUUAAUUUCAGCACUGGGAAUAAUAAUAAAGUGUGAACAGCAGUUGCGUUUCUGUCUGUGGGACAACAUGUUCUCACUGGGUUAGCUCAACACUUCUCGCCAGCAUCGGUGAUACAAACACGUUAACUGAUGCCAAGGGCUCUGUACGGCUCUCACUUCUCGAGAUCCACUUCAGUGAACAAUAAGUCAUUUACUCCACUGUUUAACAGCAUAUAUACAAUAAGGAAAUGGUGUUUGUUGUUUCUCUGGACUUCAUUUUACCACGCCACACCAGUGGCCCUUCUCCUUCAUUAUCUGUAAUUAUAGUAUAAAUAAAUAACAAUAUUAUACGGAAACAUGCAUAGUAAUUUCUUGUACUUUAGUAUCUAUACAAUAUAUGGAAUGGACAGACAAACUUAGUUACAGUAGCAACAGCAGAUUUAUAAUGGUUAAUAGCAAUGUUUCAAUGUACUCUAUAAUGGUUUUGUGUUACAGUACUAUCAGAAACUAACGUGCAUCAUUAUUUCGUAUCUUGAUAUCCAGUACCAAUUUUGCUGUGCCUGCGAAUGUUCCUCCAUCACGAGGAGCACUGCAGUUUUUCUUUUCACUUUUGUUUCUGGAAAGGAUCGGUUUUUAUGUGAUGAGAAAUGUAACUGUAUUAAUGUGGUUGUAAACUUCUUGAGGUCAGCCAUUUUGUUUUUUCCCCCUCUGGUUGUUGUAGUGAAUGUUUUAUUUUUCUUUGUAAGUUUUAACAGGGACUUUUUAGACGGCUUACUUGAUGUGGUAUAAAUUAAGAGUUUGGUUCAGUGGAGACUGACCAGAAGUUUUAAAGAUCUUACCAAAAUGCAGUUUUUCCAUUUUGGAAAACCUCUCAUGUCUCCCACCUCUCUCUCCUCCGAAGCUUUGGUUGUACUUAUCAUGUACUGUUUUUUUUUUUUAAUAGAAAGUCAUAAUGCUGAUGUUGAAAACAUUUAAUUUAUUUAUUUUGUGCAACAUCCACGCUGAAUUGUUCUCUUACAAGUCAAGGUUUGGGAGAGGUCGGACGAGGACGUAACAUGUAUUUGUAAUUUUCUAAUUGUUUCUUGUGUAUAGAAGUUAUCAGCCUACGAUGGGAUGUGGUGUCACAGAGCGAGCGGGCAGUAGGACGUGCGAAAGAGAGGGAUCAUGGGUCAUGAACAGGCUUGUUUCUUAUGCCUUGAAUAUACCUUUGUCUUAUCAAUAUUUCUCCUGCUCUCCGUAAUAACGGUAUUCAUGAUUUCAGCAUUCAUAUCUUUUCCCGUUUAAAAAGUGUUCUUUCAAUAGACAUCAACGAAAUGAAGGAUGACUACCACAGUAAAAAUAGACCACAAACUACUUGGUUGAAUGUAUAAUUAGGAAACAAAGUUGUACAUACGUGUAAAAAGAAAAGUUUCUAAUCAUGUUUAUUUUCUAUGCACUUUUUUAUUUAAGUGAUAGUUUAAAUAAUAAACAUGUCUCCUGUACUCUU